AUGGAGUAUCUAAAAGUGAUACACGCAUGUGCAAAACGUGCAAAAUGUGAAUUAUGGGUAAAAAAAUGUGGCAGAAGUGAUCGAGGUUUUAGAUCUAUUGAUGAUGUUACCAAGGAUACUUAUAUUUGCUCACUACAUUUUCUCGGAGAAAGUGGUCCAACUGAACAAAAUCCUGAUCCUUUAAGCUAUCAAGAAUCCCAACAUAUAGAUAAAUCAAUCAAUAAGGUGAUCAAAGUAAGAACCAGCUUAUUUGAAAAGUAUAAAAGAGUAGAUAUGGAAAAAUCAAAUGGAUCUGAAUAUACGAAAGUAGAUAAUAUUUUAACAGAUACGCAGACAUCAAUAGCUCAUGAAGAGGUUCACAUCGUACUUGAUGAUAAUGUUUGUUUUGUUGAACAAAUAUUACCAGAUCAAACGUCUGAAAUGAGUAUAAUCGACGGAGGUACAAAUUAUGAAGAAGCUAGGAAGCAUACAAGAACAAUAGAAAUUCAGACCGAUUCGAUAAAGAUGCGUAAUAAAAUUAUUCAGGUUAAGUUGCAAAAAAAUUCAGCCAUGGAAAAAUUCAUUAAUUCCAUUAGUAGUGAUGAAAAAAAAUGCAUAUUUUAUACAAGUUUACAUUUUGAGCAAAUCCAAGCUUUACAUAGAUUUUUGAGCCCAGCUUGCGAAAAUUUAGAUUAUUGGGGUAGUCGAGAGUCAAAGCAUGAAAAUACUGAAAAUAAUAAUCUACACAAAUUGACAUCAUUGCAGCAGUUGAUUUUGGUAUUAUUAAGAUUACGAAUGGGAUAUUUAAUAGAAGAUUCAGCAUACAAGUUCGAUAUUUCUACGGGAUUUGUUUCGAAAAUAUGUACAACUUGGAUUUAUUUUUUGUAUAAUGAAUUUACCACUCAAUUGAAGCCAUUUAUGUUUCCAUGUAGGAAAACAAUAGCUGAAACAUUACCAGAAAUAUUUCGGUCUAUAAAAAAUAUAAGAGUAAUAGUAGACUGUGCUGAAUUUUUUUGUCAAUCACCGUCAAAUUUUGAACACCAAGGUAAUUUAUAUUCAAGUUAUAAAGCUCAUACCACUUUUAAAGUUUUGAUAGGAUGUACUCCAAAUGGGUGUGUUAGUUUUGUAUCUGAUGCAUUCGAGGGUUCAAUAUCCGACCCUGAAAUAUUUAAGCGAUCAAAAAUAGCAGAUUUAUUGCAACCUGGAGAUGUGGUAUUAGCAGAUCGAGGUUUUACGGUUCAUGAUGUCGUUGAAGCUAAGCGAGCACAUUUGAAUAUUCCUCCGUUUUUGAACGGACGAGAUCGUUUAACAGCUCAAGAGGAGAUUUUGACGAAGAAGAUAGCAAAACAACGAAUAUAUGUUGAGCAUGUUAUUGGGCGCAUAAAAAAAUUUAGACUUCUUUCAACGGUUCUACCUUUAAAUAUGCGUACUAUCAUGUCACAAAUUAUAUUUGUUUGUGCAUGCUUGGUCAACUUUCAAACGCCAAUUGUUUUCGAUGAAUCAAAUAAUGACCGGCGUUUUAGGAAAUAAAAUGAAUUGAAA